CUCUCUCUCUCUCUCUCUCAGUGCGCUCUGUCAGCAGUGCACUUCACUUCCCCUCGCCUCUCUCUCACUCCCUCCUUCUCUCUCUCCUCCUCCUCUCUCUCUCUCUCUCUCUCUUUAUCUCUCUCCACUCGGCUUGUGUACUAGUUGUUUUCUUUCCCUUCGCUUCUCACUCCACUCGCUCCCACACACUCCACUCAGCUCCUCGGUGUGUGGAGCUUUGUGUGUGUGUGUGUGUGUGUGUGUGUGUGUGUGUGUGUGCGUGCAGUCGGCGUCUCUCCUUCCCUCCUUCUCUGUGUCACAUUCCUGCAGCCCCGGUGGCUUGACCCCACCGGCCGCACACGGGGCCAGCUGAGCCCGAAACAGGCUGCCUGAGGUUGGGUCGACAUGAUCGCGCUCCGUGCCGCUGCAACUAACCCCCCCUCCCUCCCUCGAACGUGGAUAGCCGCCUGCCGUCUCAGCGCUGGGAACCACUCUGUUGAUUCAACAGCGAGAGUGUGUGUUAUUAUCUCUUCUCCGAGGACCAGAUCUGUGUUUUUUCAAUCGGGGAUCAGGAGGGAAUCUUUUCGUUCUAGCUUUUAAUUUUUCUCUCUCCGCUGAAAGCGCCCUGUCACUCAAUUGGAAUUGCCCGAGUGGAUUACUUCUUCUGUGGAGCUGUCAGCUCCAAACCCAGUCGCUCACCAUCUGGAGAGGAGAGGACGAGGACCAAGUUUCUGAGACGACUGCUGGAGGAGACCCAUGAGCGCUUGUCCGCAGCCCAUCUCCUCCCCCAAGAGCGCUUCAGCACAGCAACAGAUGACACCCCCCCGGAUGGCCCCCCACCCCCGCUCUUAGGAAACGCCAGAACAGUGAGAAGAGGUAAGCAGCAGAGGGAGUCAGGGGUCUACGCUGCGGAGGACACCACUCGGUUCCGCGACCUGGAUGAGAUGUCCGGUAGCACGCUGAGCCCGGACCUGGACACCAAGGUCAUCAACAAGGAGAUGGCCAUUAUUAGCAACGCGCUGGCUGCUUGCUCGUUCAUAGCAGACCACCCGGAGCGAGCGGCGCUGUACUUUGUGUGUGGUAUUUGUCUGGGCCUGGUGGUCACUCUUCUGGCACUGGUGGUCCAGAUCUCCUGCCGCACGGACUGCAGGGCCCGGCGGGUCCCACGGAACCGCAAGCCGGGCAAGACUGCAGCGGUGGAGCCCGGCAACAGCAGCACCAGCGAAUCGGAGUCGGACUGGGACACCACGUCGGACCUGUCGGCACGGCGGCACCGGCGCUUCGAACGGACGCUCAACACCAACGUGUUCACGUCGGCCGAGGAGCUGGAGCGCGCCCAGCGGCUGGAGGAGCGCGAGCGCAUCAUCCGCGAGAUCUGGAUGAACGGCCAGCCCGACAUCCCCGGCACGCGCAGCCUCAACCGCUACUACUGAGCCCAGCCAACAGGGGGCACUGCUGCUGGUACUGCUGCCCACUCUCACCCACACGGACAGAGAACUGCAGGGUGUCU